ACCAAGGAAGCUGUUGUCGUUUCUCUAUUCCAUCGGCCUGCUACGGGUGUGAGGCGAUUAAAUAUUUAAAUGUGUAAUUCGCACUCCGACCUGAGAAAGGUAGCAAUACGCAAGACGGAGUCUAGUCUGCCAGAAACGCACAAGAAGAAGAAGGGGAGUCUGGUACGAAAGAAGCGGUUGCUAUGGCCGACAUGUUUCCAUAUCAACAAUAAAUGGACCUAGCUUGUUGUGGUAAACUAGCCAGAGAAGGAGAAGGGGAUGGCAGAGACAACAGAGAGCAAGAAGGAGGAGGCCGAUUACAAGAGGCUCCACAGCUUCCCACUCAUCAGGCACACAGACAUGCCAGAGGAGAUGAGAGUGGAAACGAUGGAACUGUGUGUCACAGCCUGUGAGAAGUUUGCCACCAAUAAUGAGAACGCGGCGAAGAUGAUCAAAGAGACGAUGGAUAAAAAGUUUGGCAGCUCGUGGCACGUGGUGAUUGGUGAGGGCUUUGGCUUCGAGGUGACACACGAGGUCAAGAACCUGCUCUACAUGUUCUUUGGAGGCAGCCUGGCUGUGUGUGUGUGGAAGUGUGCUUAGCACACACACGCAAACACACAGGCACACACACACACACACCCCUCCCAUCCAGUCUGUCUCUACCUAACGAGUGUGUUUAUAUAUUUAUAUACACAUCCUGGAUGAUUCACCCAUCUCUGAGCUUUGCAGUAUUUUUCUUUGUUAUUUACUGAUCGUGUGUGUGUAUGUGUGCGUGCGUGCGCGUGUGCCUGUGAUGUCCCAUAUAUCAUUGAUUGAUUAGGCUAAGUCAUUCUUGAUAUAUUGUAUUCAAUAUCAGCAUGUCACACUCUUGCCUUGUGUGUGCCCAAACAGUAUGAAAAUGACCAAGUUUUAUCUGUAUACAAAUGUGAUCAUUUCUACAGAGCAGUGAGUUCACUGCAUGAACGAGUCUGCUGUCUCUCCUACUAUCCUACUGAUGGAAUUCAGUGGGGCUGAAACACUCUCUUGCACUCUCUUUCCCUAUUACUUUCUGCUCUACUUCUUUAACUCGAGGCGGUGUGUGUGUGUUCUCAUCAACAUCCCCUCAUGGUCACCUUUGGAAAAAAAAUGCAUCCAGCUCCGUGUCUUUCCUCCACUCCGCCUGUACGUUGGCACACUGUCGUCUCGGUGGGCUGCCAUGCCAUCUGCUGAAAAACAUCCUUACACACAGAAACACACACACUCGCUCAGUCUCUCUUAUUGCUCUCAAUUCACACAAUCUCUGUUUCUCCAAUCCUCUCUAUAGAUUAUUUUUUAUCUCCUUCUACAGUCUUUUAGUCUUCACCUUUCAGACAUGAGUUCCAUAAGUCACCCUUGUCUGUGUCUCUACUCCUCCUAUAACUGAUAAGAUAUCACAGGGACUUUUAUAUCCUCUCAAUGUACAUUAAAUACUUGAAUUUGAAUGUGAAGAUGGAAUCUGAUUUUGUAAAUGAUCACCAUGGGCUUUUUAUGAAAGAGCUUAUUGUUGAAAUAAUAGUUGUUUUCUGUCACGCCAAUGUUUUAUAAGAUAGUCAUGGAUAGGUGUCGUUGUUGUUCUGAAUUUGAUGAUAUUAUAACUGAUGAUAUCACAUGAGCUAUUCUGACUCCCUAGGCAUUGCAUUUCAAUGAAUAUCAACUAGGCAUACAGUCUCAAUGCCACAUAGAAACCUUUAUGUUGUCAACCGUGGAUGCAACCAGGUACCAUAACACCAAUGCAUUGUAAUGUUUUCACUUCAACACUGUGUGUUUGCGUAAAUUCAUAAUAUCAUUGCACAUGAAAUUAUUUCUGAAAGUGAUAAAAAUGUUUUAGUUUUUUCAAA